AUGCCGCUCGGUCCAGCCGCGCAGGGCGCGCUGCUAAAAUGGGUCAACGCCUUCGCAGACGAGGGGCAAUCCGCCCAGUCCAUUGACGACCUCGCCGAUGGCUUCGUGCUGGGCCAGGUGCUCCACGGCCUCGACCCCACAUACGACACAUCUGAACUCGACGAGAACAUGGGCAGCUCCAAGUGGCUCACCCAGAAGCGCAACCUGCAAUCUGUCUACAAGGGCCUCUUCAAGUACAUGCGCCGCGAAGCUCCCGACUGUCUGCCUCUGGCCCAGGUCGCCGACUUCCGCGCAGUCGCAGAGAAACCGGACGCCGACGGUCUCGCUCAGGUAUCUUCCCCCAAACAGGAACACCGGGCCAUAAAGCCCGAGAAGUGUGAGGAGAAACUAACCACAAUUGCAAUCAAGCUCGCUGCCGUCCUCCUCGCUACUGCUGCCAUGGGCCCGAACAAAACCAUACAAGCGAGAGCCAUCAUGAAGGUGCAGACCGACUUGGAUGCUGUAGAACAGAACGAGAUACGGCGAAUACUGCAGCAGAAGCAGAAGCAAAUGCUCGAGCUAGCCGCCAAGGCCAAGGAGGAGGAGGCGGCAGGCGAUCGGGAUGCCGACCUGGAACACGAGGAGCAGCUUGCCAAACUUGGAGAGUCUCUGGAGCAGAAGGUGCACGAGCUGGACCUCGCAACAAAAAAAUAUGCCGACCUUAACUCCCGCCACAACUACCUCCAAGAAAACCACGUUGAGAUCAAGGCCAAGCUCGCCGAGGUCGAGACCGAGCUGGCCGACCUGCGCAAGCUCCACGGCGCCGACGAGUCGCAGAGGGUCCAGGUGCUUCAGACCAAGAUCGAGGAACAGAGUGCGCUCAUUGCAUCUCAGGAGGAGGAUCUCGAAAACUUCAAACGGACGCAACAGCGCCUGGAGGUUGACCUCGAACGAUACAGGGCGAGCAGCGAGGAGGGUCAGGAGUACAAGGACAAAUAUGACGAGCUGCGCCAUCAAACGCAGGAGCUGGAGAAAAAGGCCAAUGCCGCUGACCGAUACAAGCAGAAGCUUGCCGACAACCGGAAUUUUGAGAAAGAGAUCGCAGGCCUCAAGUUCGAGCUGGACUCCCGAAAGACGCUGGAGGAAGAGCUAAAGAGAGCCAAGUUCGAACGCGAUCGGCUGCAGACAAGCGAGAAGGAAACGAUUGCUACCAUGACCACGAUCGAGCAAGACAUCAACGCCGAGCGUGACCAGAAAGAACAGUACAGGCUGUUGUAUGAGGAGGUCAGAACCGAGUACGAACAGCUUAGGCUUCAGAAUGCCGUGGUAGAGAAGUAUAUGGAGGACCUGAAGGAGCAACUGGCCGGGGCCGGAGAGGUACCGAGGGCCCCCUCGCCUGCGUCUCAGACUGGGGAGAGCAGCAACCUCGAGCGCGAGCUUCAGCAGACGACAAAUGACUUCUCAAAGGUCAAGUUACUCGAGGCCGAGAUCGAAGUUCUCAAGCAUGGUGCGGCCGCUGGCUCACAGGUCGACGACCUCCGGCGAGAGCUGGAUCGCGCGAAGGCCGAACGUGAUAUCGCGACGUCUAAAUAUACCUCGAUCCUCGAGAAGCACGGAGUUGCUCAGGAGCAGAUCGAUGCCCUCAUUGCAAACAUGACCGGCGAAGGGUUAGUCAAUGGCAUCGAUGAAGCUCUGAAAUGUGGUCCGCUCGGCACGCUUACAUCUGACUACAACAGGCAUGUGGCGUACAACAGCAUCCGAGAACAACUGGCCCAAGCCACCAGAGAGGUCAACGAGCUUAAGGUGCAAAUCCGCAAGCUUGAAGAGCAAGCCAAGGACAAGGACCGCGAGAACCUCUCCAUGAAGACCGACCGUGCGUUGACCGAGGACCCUGAUUACGAUCUUGGGGAGCAGAACGCUGACGUUGACGAUGACUCCACAGUGGAUGCGGUCGGCUCCGACCGUCUCGAUGCCCUUGAGAGACUCAAGCAGUCUGACCAACUAAUUGCAGCGUCUCUCAGAUCCGAACUCGAGUCGAUGCGCGAAAAGUACAACAGCCUCGAGAUCGAGAACAACCUGCACAAGUCGCAGCUUCUCGACGCCCUCGUUGCCAAGGAGAAGCUCUCCAAGGAGAGGGAGCUGGAAGGCCCGCCCGCCAACGUGGCGCCCGAGGGUGUCAGCCAGGCCGACCUGGACGACAGGGUCAAGGACUACAAGUCCAAGACCGAGAAGCUCAGGGAUCGCGUCAAGCUCCAGAAAGAGGCAAGUCUUUUGAAACCUCCCAAACCGUUCGACCCGUUGGCUACCGUGACUUCUAUUCGGACCGACCCAGGUCCCGGGAGGAAUUCUUGGGAGUCUUCGGCCACAUUGCCCUCGGCACGUUUACCGAUGACUCCAAUUCUUGGCUCCAUUGUGGAAGGUGAGCCAAGUGGCCAACCCUUCCCAAUGCAUGACCGGGCUGAGGAGGAUGGCGAGCCAAGUACUGUGCAGGCGCCUGUGCCAUCAAUUCCUCCCCCUGAAGAGAAUGACAGGUCAAGCACUGUCCAGGCACCUGCGCUAGCAGUUCCUCCACCAGUGGCGAGCAGGCGGUCUCUUGACUCUAGUAGCUAUCGGAGCCCAUCUGAUCCUCAGCUGCUACGACGUGUGACGCCUCCGCCAGAGGACCUGGCCUGGCAGAGGACCCAGAAGAGGAAGAAGAGCGGCGGCUGGCUCUCUCGCUUCAAGAAGUCCAAGUAG